AUGAUUAUCACUCGCAACGUGUCUCGCCUCGCUUCCAAGGCUAACCGUGUUGUUCGCCAGAACAACGCCUUCCUUGCCCGCGCCGCCGCUGCCUCUGCUGCCCGCCAGUACGCUACCGAGGCUGCUGCCAAGGCCAUCGCUGCCGGCAAGAUCAGACAGGUUAUCGGUGCCGUCGUCGAUGUCCAGUUCGAGCAGGACAGCCUUCCCCCCAUCCUCAACGCCCUUGAGGUCCAGAACAGCAGCUCCCGCCUUGUUCUUGAGGUCUCUCAGCACCUUGGUGAGAACACCGUCCGUACCAUUGCCAUGGACGGUACUGAGGGUCUCGUCCGCGGCCAGCCCGUCAGCGACACCGGCUACCCCAUCCGUGUCCCCGUCGGUCCCGAGUGCCUCGGCCGUAUCAUGAACGUCAUUGGUGAGCCCGUCGACGAGCGCGGCCCCAUUGAGGCCAAGAAGGUUGCUUCGAUCCACGCUGCUCCCCCAGAGUUCAUUGACCAGUCGACCGCCCCCGAGGUUCUGGAGACUGGUAUCAAGGUCGUCGAUCUGCUUGCCCCCUAUGCCCGUGGUGGUAAGAUCGGUCUCUUCGGCGGUGCCGGUGUCGGUAAGACUGUGUUCAUCCAGGAGCUGAUCAACAACGUCGCCAAGGCCCACGGUGGUUACUCCGUCUUUGCUGGUGUCGGUGAGCGCACCCGUGAGGGUAACGAUCUGUACCACGAGAUGAUUGCCACUGGUGUCAUCAAGCUCGACGGUGCCUCGAAGGCUGCCCUCGUCUACGGCCAGAUGAACGAGCCCCCAGGUGCCCGUGCCCGUGUUGCUCUGACCGGUCUCACUGUUGCUGAGUACUUCCGUGACGAGGAGGGCCAGGACGUGCUCCUCUUCAUUGACAACAUUUUCCGUUUCACCCAGGCCGGUUCCGAGGUGUCUGCCCUGCUCGGCCGUAUUCCCUCGGCUGUCGGUUACCAGCCCACCCUCGCCACUGACAUGGGUGUGAUGCAGGAGCGCAUUACCACCACCAAGAAGGGCUCGAUUACCUCGGUGCAGGCUAUUUACGUGCCGGCUGAUGAUCUUACCGAUCCCGCCCCCGCCACCACCUUCGCCCAUCUGGACGCCACCACUGUGCUGUCGCGUUCCAUCUCCGAGCUGGGUAUCUACCCCGCUGUCGACCCGCUCGACUCCAAGUCGCGCAUGCUCGACCCGCGUAUCGUCGGUGAGGAGCACUACAACAUCGCCACCGGUGUCCAGCGCAUCCUGCAGUCGUACAACUCACCUGUCGAGCGCGCCCGUAAGAUCCAGCGUUUCAUGUCGCAGCCGUUCUCGGUCGCCACUGUCUUCACUGGCUUCGAGGGCAAGCUCGUCUCGCUCAAGGACACCGUCCGCUCGUUCAGGGAGAUCCUUGACGGCAAGCACGAUGCCCUCCCCGAGUCCGCCUUCUACAUGGCUGGUGACAUCGAUGAUGUCGUCCGCAAGGCCGCCGACAUUGCCCGCGAGAUGGCUGCCAGCGGUGCCAACUAAGUUUUCCUGUCGUGUUUAAACUGAGUUGUCUUUUCUGUUUUCCUCCCUUUCUUUAUCAAACGAGUCUUUUCUCCAAACAAAGUCGCCAAUAUCCCAGACUGCUGGGC